UUUUAACACAUUUGUGACUGAGAAUCAGAAAGGUCACUAGACAUUGUCACCAUGACAGCCAUCAUAUGUUCAACAACUGGUUGUUUAAGAGAGAAAAUAAGGUACUUUGACAAGGAAAAUCUAUUAAUAAACAUAAAAGUGGGAGAACAGGGAACAAACCGAGCACAAAAGCGAUGUCGAGUCGAGGAUGCUCGGGCAGUCAGCUGCACCAGCAUGGUCAGGAGUAGCCAUCAAGCUGUGGCAUCUGAAAUUUCCACUGUGGAAGAAAAGGCUUCAGCUCCCCAGACUUACAAUGAGAAAAUGCUAGCAAACUAUGUGCCAAUCUAUGUGAUGCUCCCGUUGGAUGCUGUUACGGCUGAAAAUGUUGUGGGAGACAGAGACAAUCUUGAGAAGCAGCUGAAGGAGCUGAGAACGGCUGGAAUUGAUGGGGUCAUGACAGAUGUGUGGUGGGGGAUUGUGGAAUCUGAAGGGCCAAAGCAGUAUGAUUGGAGUGGUUACAGGAGCUUGUUUAAGCUGGUUCAAGAUUGUGGCUUGAAAAUGCAAGCUAUUAUGUCAUUCCACCAAUGUGGCGGGAAUGUUGGUGAUGUUGUUUACAUCCCAAUUCCUCAAUGGGUCCGUGACAUCGGAGAAUUAAACCCUGAUAUCUUCUACACCAACCGCAAAGGUACCAGAAACCCGGAAUACCUCACUCUAGGGGUGGAUAACCAGCCUCUCUUUCAUGGAAGAACCGCUGUUGAGAUCUACAGUGACUACAUGAAGAGCUUCAGAGAGAAUAUGUCUGACUUUUUAGAAUCUGGGUUUAUACUGGACAUUGAAGUUGGCCUUGGAGCAGCAGGAGAACUUCGGUACCCUUCUUACCCAGCAGAUCAAGGAUGGGUUUUUCCUGGUGUUGGAGAAUUUCAGUGCUAUGACAAGUAUCUCAAAGCAGAUUUCAAAGAGGCUGCAAGUAUUGCAGGUCAUCCCGAUUGGGAAUUGCCUGACGAUGCAGGAGAAUACAAUGACACACCAGAUGCAACAGAAUUCUUUAAAUCAAACGGGACAUACACUACUGAAAAAGGAAAGUUUUUCUUGACUUGGUACUCAAACAAACUCCUGAACCAUGGUGAUCAGAUUCUGGAGAAAGCCAAUAAAGCUUUUCUGGGCUGUAAACUAGUGUUAGCAAUCAAAGUCUCUGGAAUCCACUGGUGGUACAAAACUGAGAAUCAUGCUGCUGAGCUUACCGCUGGAUACUACAACCUCAACGAUAGAGAUGGCUAUCGACCUAUAGCAAGGAUGCUUACAAGGCAUCAUGCCGUUUUCAAUUUCACAUGUUUAGAAAUGAGGAACUCUGAACAGAGCGCAGAUGCCAAGAGUGGACCUCAGGAGCUUGUGCAGCAGGUUUUGAGUGAUGCUUGGCAAGAGAAGAUUGAAGUUGCAGGGGAGAAUGCACUUGCAAGGUACGAUAGUGCAGCUUAUGACCAAAUCCUUCUAAAUGCUAGACCAAAUGGAGUUAACAAAGCAGGGCCACCAAAACUGAGGAUGUAUGGGGUAACAUACCUUCGUUUAUCAAGUGAUCUCCUUGAAAAGACAAACUUCGAUUUAUUCAAGAUUUUUGUGAAGAAGAUGCAUGCUGAUCAGGAAUACACUCCAGACACAGAUAAAUACAACCACCAUUUAGUUCCUCUGCCGCCCUCAAAACCAAAGAUUCCAAUUCAAGAACUUAUGGAAGCAACCAAACCAAUUAAGCCAUUCCCUUGGGAUAAAGAAACAGAUAUGAGUGUCAGUGGUGGUGGUGGUGGACUUUUUGGUUUCAUUCGCAGGCUCUUUUCUUGGUUUAGAUGAAACCACAACCAUAUAAAUAAGAAGUAACUGCAUGUAAUCAAAUAAAGGGGAUGGAGUUAAACAGGCCAAUGAUUGCCAUGCCAUGGCAAUCAAGUUUUAAUAAACGCCAUUAACAUGGCUAUCUAGUACCAUUUCAAUAAAAGAAUAUGCAAAUCCUGUCUGUAUAUUAUUUACUUACAUCAUGUACAUUCUAUCUAGUUUUAAUAAACACCAUCCUAUCUAGUACUUAUUCC